GGUCCGACGACCAGUUUACGUCGGUAUCCCUUUGGAACCCGGUGGUGAUCGCGUCCCAGUUUCCUUGAACGGAGGCCGUUCCCAAUUCUCAUUCGCGUCUCUCAGCGUGGCCAUCGUCCGCUAUGCACGAGAUAAGGGACGAGAAAGAACUGGGUCUCGAUAACGUCGCCUUUCAAAUAGACGAGCCUCACGUCGGGAAUGGCGGGACAAGGUAUUACCCUGGAAACUCGACGAUCGUCUUGGACGAGCAGGUCAAUGAACCGGGCAAGAAACGUACAACAUGGAACAACAGCGUGGAAUUCCUCAUGUCGUGUAUCGCCGUGUCAGUCGGUUUUGGCAAUAUCUGGCGCUUCCCAUUUACGGCCUAUGAGAACGGCGGCGGCGCUUUCCUUAUCCCAUACGUGAUCCUGCUCUUUCUGGUGGGAAAGCCGUUUUACUUUUUGGAGAUGAUCAUCGGACAGUUCUCCGGCAGCUCAUCCGUCAAAGUCUGGAGCAUGUCGCCGGGUUUCGUCGGAGUCGGAUGGGCGCAAUUUUGCUCGACUAUCGCAUUGGCAACCUACUACAGUUCGCUGAUGGCAUUGACACUUUAUUAUUUAAUCGCAUCCUUCUCCGCCGAAUUGCCUUGGGCUACUUGUCUAAAGGAAUGGGGUGACACGUGUCUCGAUUCGAGUACCAAGAGAAACCAUAGCGCGAAUAGCACAGCGGAAGGAAGUAUGUAUUUUCUCGACAAUUACUUGAACGGCAGCGGUAAGCUUCAAAGCUCGGCCGAACUGUACUUUUCGCGGGUGGUGUUGCACGAGAAGGAGAACAUCGACGACGGGAUCGGAUGGCCAAACUGGAAACUAACGCUUUGCCUUCUUGGCAGCUGGGCAGCAGUCUGCAUAGUACUUUUUCAAGGAGUAAAGAGCUCCGGAAGAUUCUCUUACUUUCUGGCCAUUUUUCCGUAUCUCGUGCUAAUAUCAUUAUUGGGUCGCGCGGUUACUCUGGACGGUUCGAUCGAUGGAAUUUUAUACUUUAUCACUCCGAAAUGGUCGAAACUUCUAGAGCCAACCGUCUGGUACGCCGCCGUGACCCAGUGCUUCUUCUCACUCUCCGUCUGCUUCGGCAGCAUUAUCACGUACUCCUCGCAUAAUGAUUUUAAGCACAAUAUCUACAGAGACGUCAUAAUAAUUACUUCAUUGGAUACGGUUACGAGCAUGGUGGCCGGUUGCACGAUAUUCGGGAUCCUCGGUAAUUUGGCGUACGAGUUAGGUGUGGAAGAUAUAUCCAAAGUAGUCAAAGGCGGAGCUGGUCUGGCAUUCGUGUCUUAUCCUGACGCGAUAGCUAAACUUAACUUUUUACCGCAGUUAUUUGCCGUGCUCUUUUUCUUUAUGAUGUUCGUCCUUGGUGUUGGUAGCGCGGUAGGAAUGACCACAGGAAUCAUCACGGUGAUAAACGAGCAGUUUCCCAAGCUAAAAACUUGGCAAAUCGUAGUUCCAACCUGUUUGUUUGGUUUUUUAAUCGGCACGGUCUAUGUAACACCGGGCGGACAAUUUAUUUUAACUUUAGUAGACUAUUAUGGUACGUCUUUCGUCGUUUUCAUCUUGGCAUCGUUUGAGAUGACGGGAGUGAUAUGGAUUUACGGUUUGGAGAACUUUUUGGACGACUUUGAAUUUAUGCUGGAUCGAAAACCGAGUAUCUAUUGGAGGAUAUGUUGGUUUAUAGUGACACCAUUAAUACUAAUAACAAUUUUCAUUUAUACCGUGGCCACCUUGUCACCUUUGACCUAUGGUGGAAUAUCGUUGCCGGAAUACGCGCACGCUAUCGGAUGGACGAUACUCUGCAUCGGUGUUCUUCAAAUACCGCUGUGGAUGUUAAUCGCGAUAUUGAAGAAUCGGGAACUGCCAUUCCCACAGAUGUUAAGAAGAGCUUUCGCACCCGCGAGUAGAUGGGGUCCACGAGAAGUGCAGCAACGUAAGAAUUGGAAAAUUUUCAAGGAAGAGAGAGCGAGAGAUCGGGAGAAGAGGGUUCAACCAAUUUGGAAGCAGAUAUUCUAUAUUCUCUUAAAAAUGGAACCAAUGUAGAGCACCAUACGACUUCGUACCUGCUCGAAAUAUUUUAAAGUUGUUCAAAUUUUUACAGUCGUUUCUACCACGGCAGGAUCCGUGGCAAAAUCAAGAGAUAAGUAAACGAAUAUAAAAAAAUUAUUUGUUCUUUAAUUCCUUAACUGCGAGAGAAUUUUCAAAGAAUUUUUUUCUUUUAUCAUUUUUAAUAUAAUGACAUGCAACUUGAGAAAAAUAGUCAGCUAAGUAGUACAAUUAUAUUUAAAAAAAAAUUAAAUAAAAAUGAUAUGAAGAAAUUAUUAAUCCGCACAUACGCAGUUAAGGGAUUUGUAGUUAAUAUGUUUAAAGCUUAGUUCUUGCUAGUUUCCAUAAUUCAUUUCUGCGUGUAACGUUGCACUGUGUGUAACGUGACAUGUGACAAAGAGCUGCCAAUAUUAUUAUCUUUUACUCGAUCGCCGAUGCGAUCAUCGCCAAUCCAAAUAAAAACAUGUUAAUUGAUUUUCAUAUUAUUUUAAUAAUUGUCAUUGUCAAUCUUUACCAAACAGCGUUGCUAUAAUUUUCGAUUUUUUCGUACACGUUCGUGAUAUCCUCUUUGAGUGCUUAAAAUCCCUCCAUUCGUUAUAUUUCUUCAGAUCUUUCGGACCCCAAUCGGCGCUCGGCUUAAAUAUCUAAAAUAGUGAUAAUUUCAUUAUUUUAAACGAUGCAUAGAUUCACAUAUGCUAAAGCUAUAUUUAAAUAUAAUAAAAUGCAAAUAUAUA